GGAGGCUUCUUGGUGCAGUACGUAGUUCUAGGAGUAACUAAUAAAGAUGAACAGUUUUAACCACACAAAGAAGCACAGAACUCUUAGUAAGAGGGUCACGAAGAGUUUGCUACACGUAAGAGUUUCUUACCGCUCGGCCCAGGAAAUGCUAUAAAAGUGGUGCCCUGACAUGACCUAUGGCUCUUUCUAACCUAAAAGCAACUUACCUGUGGAACUUUUUUGCAACUGUUACCUAGUACUCCUUUACUACCUAUAACUCUUCAGUUUCUAGUACUAAGAUGACAUCGAUCCCCAGGAACAAAAGAGGUAGGGGAAGCAUGGCCAGAUCACCAAGGAAUAGAGCAGCAUCUGCAGUUAUUAAGGGUUGGAAGUUGCCCUAUCUUCUAAGAGCAUAUCUAUGACCUUUUCAAGGGACAAUGGCUUAGAUAUGCGAGUUAGAUCGGUCAACUUUCAACCCCUAACGCAGCCCAGCCCUGUGAUGCCAUGACUAAAAAAGGGGAGGAUGCUGGUCGUGAGCUCGAGGACAAAGAUUCGAUACGAUCUUGCGAUACGGAGUCUAGAUCCCAUGAGGAUUCUGAUGUUGAACCUACAGCUACAAAUACUGGGAAACACGUCGUUUCUGAUGUUGUUGGGCUUACGGCUACAACUACUGGC